AUGGGGACGCGCGCUCGACGACCGGCUUUGAGGCGCAGGCUGGUGGUGCUCACGCUGCUGGCUGCGAGUAUUUUAGCCACGACCCAGGCAGCUCAGCAGUCUCUCGAGGUGAUCUCCAAUCUGCGCGGCUUCAGUAGAGCAGCGUUCGCGCAGCAGCAGCAAAGCUACCCAUUCAACAGCGAGAACGCGAGGGCGAUCGUGAGCUACCGACGACUUGACACUGCUUCGACUCAGGCCGACGCAUCGGCAAAGGCGAACGAGGUCGGCGCGUCGGUCCGCAAGGCCAUCAAGCAGCUGCGAGGAGGCACCGACAAGUUCUACCAGGACCUCAUCACAGCCGUCAAGAUCAAGUUGUGCGAGAACGACCUCGCGACGAACCGCGUCCGCUUCGUGAGCUGCAGCGCCGACAACGCCUACAAGGACGACAACGGCGACGAUGUCAAGCUGCCAGUCGGGAAGCUGACGGACGACGAGACCGUUCAAGCCUACAAUCAGGGCAAGUGCGAAGUCAAGCCCAACUGCUACUGGGCCGAGAUCGUGGACGGAGACACGGCCCGCGCCAAGGUGUACGCGGACCCGGACAGCACCAUGGACAGCUCCGCGGCCGACGCCAAGUUCAAGGAGUGGGCCACGGGCGUCCUCGGCUUCGUGAUCCCCGGCAUCGUGCUGGGCGUGCUGAGUUUACUCACGAUGGUUUUCUUCCUGAUCUGCCGCUGCUGCUGCAACCGAUGCGGCGGCCGCUACCCGCGCGAAGAGGGCUACACGUGCAUGCAGAAGUUCCUGCCGCUGCUUUUCUUCCUGCUCUUUGCGAUUGGAGUCAUCGUGGUCUCGGCUGCUGCAUUCCUGUACCGCGGCACGAUGCUCGCUGCUGUGGACGACAUGUUCAACGCCACGUCGGGGACUUUGGAGAACGGAAGCGACUGGAUCGUCACCAUUCGCGACCCGCUCCAAGACAUCGGCGACACGGUGGCCGGCUCGGCCAACAAGAUCAGCAAGCAGCUUGACGGAACGGAGUUCAUCGACACGGGUCUGGACGAUAUCACCGGCCAGCUCGAUAGUCUUGGCCAAGAUUACUCCACCAGCCCCGAGUUCCCUGAUAGCUGUGUACAGCCCAACUGCUUUACGUGCGUUGCAUGCGGUGAAAUCGGCACGCAGUCGACCAAGGCUUCGAAGCAGAUGAAGGAUAACGCUGGACCGGGCCUCGACCAGUUGAGCGCGGUCAAGAAGGAUCUGAAGGAGAAACUCGUCGACAUUUCGGGGACCGUCGAAAGCGCCGUGGACACGCAGGUGUCGACUGCCAACGACCUCAUUACCACGGUCGAGAAGACUCAAGGCGACGUGGACGACUACGACAGCAAGUUCCAGAGCUACCGGGACCAGCUCGGGUACGCGAUCAUGGCGCUGUUCGCCCUCGCUCUGGUAGUCAUCGCCAUCGGCUUCAUCGGCAUCCUCUUCGGGCUCACGCCGCUCAAGAUCUUGGCCAACCUCAUGAAUAUCGCCUACUUCCUCGGCUUCAUCGCGCUCUUCCUCACAUUCAUCAUCAGCGCCAUCGUGUUGGCGAUUGGCGUCGUGCUGGGCGAUGCGUGCGAGAUCACGAUGAUCUUCUCGAGUAACUGGACGGUGCCGCUCGGAGACUCGGCGAAGGCGGUGGACGCCUGCUUCCAGAACGAGUCGCUGCUGGACGUGUUCAACCUGUCGUCCAAGCUCGACUUCGCUCGCGGUGGCAUUGAGUUCCCGGACCUCGACAUGACCGAGAUGUUCGACUUCUCCGAUCUGGACACGCUCUCCGACAACGCCAACAGCAUUAACGCAGCCUCGAUUGACCCGACCUACGGCCAGGCCUUCGAGUGCACGGUGGCCGAUGCAAACACGUGCACCUUCUCGGUGUUCAUGGGCGAGCAGUUCCAGAUGCUGGUGGCGAUGGUCGACGCUAAAGCGGACGUCGACACGUACGUAACUACGCUUCAAGGCCGCGUUACUGCAAUCCAGACCUCGACCGACACCUUCGAGGAAGAUACCAAGGGCUUCAACGACAACAUCAACGGCAUCAAGGCCGACCUGAACAGCAACCUCAUCAAGUACGUGAAAGAGUUCGAGGAGGCCAUGUACUGCACCUUCAUCGCCGACGGGUUCUGGACCAUCUACAACGCCCUGUGCGGAGACCUGAUGCCGUCGAUCACCAUGAUCGCGCUCAUGCUUUUCCUCUGCGGCAUCUUCCUCAUCCCCGUCAACAUCUGCCUCAUCAUCGGCGUCAAGCGGCUCAAGGCACACGGCAACGGCCACAUCAUGGACACCGAAAUGAAGUUCAAGUGA